AUGUCUAAUUCAGAGUAUAUUUUCGGAGAAACUGCAGGUGAAAUGGGAUUACUUUGAUUACGAAGGCCCUCAUCCUCGCGAGGCUAAUGGAUUUAGUGAUGUUAAUCGAGGCAUGGUUUUGGUGGUUGGAUAUGUUCCUGGUCUCAAAGUGGAUGCAAUACCGUUGAUUCACCCAAAGAAUGAUCCUGGAAUCAGCAUGGUUGAUGAGUUCGUGAGACACAUCAAGGCCUUUGCUUACUCUGUCUUUGGAAAUCACCCACCUGCUGCUAUCAUAAUAUUUGGAGAUCGUAAAAGUGACAUUAACACAUUAUGGCAACAAUGGUCGAAUUACACAAUUAAUCUUCCUCCUGAUUUAUACGCACUCGAUGCCAUCGCCCUCGUAUUCGCCAAAGACAGUCACAAGUCUCCUGACGUAGGAGAGACUAGGUUUCAUGUGGCAAUGGCAGGGGGUUUAGUGCCAUUUGGGCCAAGGUUUGAGGUGAUCGAUGUACUCGUCAAAGGUGACAUCAAAUGGACUUGCUUCUCUGCUCUCAUGGAAGGAUUCAAUACGAUAUUGACUUUUGAGGCCGUGAGUGACAGGCGUCCUGAUUUGUACAUAGGCGUGUCACAUGGAAGAAGGUAUUACUCAGGCAAUGGAAGACUGAUCAAGAAAGUAUCAGAAUCCACCUUGUUCCAUCAAGUGAUUGGGUAA